AUGAGAGAAAUUAUAAGAGGAUAUUUAGGAUAUUUAGGAUAUUUAGGAUAUUUAGGAUAUUUAGGAUAUUUAGGAUAUUUAGGAUAUUUAGGAUAUUUAGGAUAUUUAGGAUAUUUAGGAUAUUUAGGAUAUUUAGGAUAUUUAGGAUAUUUAGGAUAUUUAGGAUAUUUAGGAUAUUUAGGAUAUUUAGGAUAUUUAGGAUAUUUAGGAUAUUUAGGAUAUUUAGGAUAUUUAGGAUAUUUAGGAUAUUUAGAAUAUUUAGGAUAUUUAGGAUAUUUAGGAUAUUUAGGAUAUUUAGGAUAUUUAGGAUAUUUAGGAUAUUUAGGAUAUUUAGGAUAUUUAGGAUAUUUAGGAUAUUUAGGAUAUUUAGGAUAUUUAGGAUAUUUAGGAUAUUUAGGAUAUUUAGGAUAUUUAGGAUAUUUAGGAUAUUUAGGAUAUUUAGGAUAUUUAGGAUAUUUAGGAUAUUUAGGAUAUUUAGGAUAUUUAGGAUAUUUAGGAUAUUUAGGAUAUUUAGGAUAUUUAGGAUAUUUAGGAUAUUUAGGAUAUUAA